AUGGAGGAGUCCAAGAAGAGGCUGCGAGCGUUGGCUGUGCGGAUGGACGAGGAUAAAAACGGUAUUAUCACAUUGCGCGAAUUGGAAGAUUGGGUCUAUAAUUCUUUGUUAUCUUUGGAUGAGGAGGAAACACGAGAACGUUUUGAGGAGAUAGAUCAAGGUAUGCGUUUAUUUUCCAAUUCAUCACCGAAUUAGAUCACGAUGGCAAAGUUACCUGGCAAGAAUACAUUCAUGAGGCGUUCGGAACAGAAGAUGGUAAGGGCCUGGAUCCAGAAUACGGGAAACUCAUGGAUGAAGAUCGAAUUUACUUCGAAGCCGCUGAUGUGGACAAGGACAACGCUUUGACCGAGAAAGAAUUCUUGACUUUUCAAAAUCCCGAACAUCAUCCCCAUAUGCACACGGCAUUAAUUAAAGUAAACUGGAAACAGGCUUUUAACAAUGUUUUUGUAGAAUACUCUCUCAGAAAAGGACAUCGACAAGGACAAUCGAAUCAGCCUAAAGGAAUUCUUGGGAGAAAUUUAUGAGCAACCACAGUCAGAGUUCUAUUUGACAGAGAAGUCCCGUUUUAAGGAAGAAUAUGACCGGAACAAAGAUGGAUACUUGGAUGGCGCUGAGUUGACCGAUUGGCUGAUCCCAAAUUUGCACACUGUGGCUCGCGAAGAAGCAGAACAUUUGUUUUCAUCUGCAGAUAAAGACAAGGUUGGAAGUCAUGACUAGGGAUGUUUAUUACUUGGAUUUUUAGGAUGGAAAACUUUCAAUCGAAGAGGUAGUAGAAGAUUAUUCUACGUUUGUCGGAUCUGAAGCAACAAACUUUGGGGAGCAUUUGAACGACUUGCGGCACGAAGAAUUGUAG